AUGCAUAACUCAGACGUGAUCUGCUUUGCUGUAGGGAGUAUCUUAUGGUUCCCCCACGUGAGAGGUGAGGAAGGCUGCCUUAACACUGAACUCUGUUCCGGUACAGAAUGGAACCAUCUGUGGUAUAUCUGCUUUCUGUCCUCAUUGUGUGUGCCCUCCGGUUGCAGGCUGGUGCUGGUGCUCGGGGGGCUCCUGCUGCUGUGUGGCCUGGUCUCUGUGUGCGUCAGGUGCUGCUUCCAGUGCCAGCAGGCAGGGGACGAGGCGGGCCCCCGGCCCUAUGAGGUCACCGUCAUUGCCUUCGACCAUGACAGCACCCUGCAGAGCACCAUCACCUCUCUCCACUCGGUGUUCGGGCCUGCUGCCAGGAGGAUUUUAGCCGUGGCCCACUCGCACAGCGCUGCCCAGGGCACCCCGCCCCUCUGUGCCCCUGACACCCCUCCUGUGUAUGAAGAAGCGCUGCACAUGAGCAGGUUCACCGUGGCCAAGGCGGGCCACAAGGUGCCGGACCUGGAGCCGGUGCCGGAGGAAAAGCCACAGGCGCCCGCCGAGGGCAAGGACGCCCAGUCAGCCCUCCCAGGACACUGA